AUGGCAGAGCUGAUACACUGUAAACCAAAGCCGAGUACAUUGAUGGAUAUCAUUGAGAAGAGAAAACAGAAGGUGAAUGGCGAGAGUAACGACGGGGCGACGUCAGAAAGGGACGGUGCUUGGGCAACUCCAGCGCUCUUAUUUAACCUUUUUUGGCACUAUAUGCCUUUUCAGUAUAAGAUUAUUGGCCUCUUAGCUGCAUGUGGAAACGAGGGUGUAAAGAAAGAUAAAUUCAUCAUAAUCAAACAACCCGGUCAGAGUUAUGUCAAUGAAACUGUCAACUCGAUUCUUCCUUUUGUUUACAAUUUCCUGACUUCAGAAUCUUCUCGCAAGUUUCAGCAGAAGCUCAGAACACCAUCAGUCGACACGUAUGAUGUUGAGGAGAAAAAAGAUUGUGAAUUUAUUCGUCACAAGUCUUCUCUACAUCUGACGUCCCAGUGCUUGCCUCUUAGUCAACAACAUCUAACUCUACCGGUGAUAUCAAUCUUGAAUUCUCAAAACGCUACAGUAGAAUAUCUUAGUCUUGCUCCAUCACCACACAACAUUAUACAAAUGGUCAGACAAAUUGCAAGAGAAAGUGGGUGGAGGUCUAUUGCAUAUAUAAGUGAUGAACGUUGGGAUUUUCAGCUACUGAAUGGUUUGGCAUAUGCAGAAAGCAGUGUUAAAGUAAGCACGAUAAUCCAAAAAACAGAAAAACUGAAUUUCAAGAAAGAAGCAUCUCGCAUAUUGUCUUUAUCUAUCGAUGCGGUGGUUGUUCACUGUCAAAAUGCGAGCUGUUUUAAUGCUUCAAAAGAGAUCUAUGCACUUGUGUCUAAUCGAACUGCUGCUCCAUGGCUGUUUACAAACGGUUUCUACCAACAUGUUUUUGCAAGUGACCUGCAGAAAGCGAUUAGUGGUGACAUGAUGACUCGUGCUUUGUUGUUGGGGAUUAAGAGAACUGUGUUAAGAUCGCACAUAACAGCGGCUUUAAUGAAUUUUCAGGAGUCACUGACUGCAAAACCAAUCAAGAUUGAGCAUUUCGACCUGUAUGAUGGCAUAAUAGCUUUGGCACAUUUGUUACACUCAAUAGAGUUCAGAGGAGUGUCGAUGCUUCAACGUGCCAACAUGCUAAACAUUAGAGGUGCAUCGGGAAAGCUGCAAUUUGAAACGUCUAGCGGUGGAAGGCUUGGUGGUGUUUACGAAGUCGUCUGUAUGAAUCCUUUUACUUACUCAGUGUUGACGAUUGGAACAUAUGAUCUCACUCAUUCUCAGUGGCUGCACAAACUACCUUCCCUAAUGCCUCUUCAUCAGCACACAAGACAUAACCGAGAAGCAUCAAAUUUAGGAACACUUACAAAUACAUCAUGUCUUCCGGUAUCGGGACGUCUCAGGCAUUUUCGAGUGACAACCAUAACGGCGCCACCAUUUAUUAUGGAAGAUGUCAACGGUACGUCGGGGGAGACGCGCAAUGGCAUAUUUUAUGGAUACCUGGUGGACAUGAUGGAACUGCUGUCUGCCUCUCAUAUGCUAAACUUCAGCUACACAAUGAGUGAAAAUCCAGACCGUCUCUACGGCACAAUAGAUCCAGAAACAAACCAAUCAACAGGAAUGGUUGAAACACUCAUAAAUUGUGAUGCCGAUCUUGCAGUGGCUGCUUUUACCAUCACGGCACUGCGAGAGACACAUAUCAGCUUUACUAAACCUUUCAUGAAUACUGGUCUUGUAAUGCUUGCAACAAAGUCGACGCCGACUGAAGGAGGUUUGUGGUCUUUCUUGGAUUCAUUCGACUGCUGGAUAUGGAUAUGCAUUCUGGUGUCGUUUCUUGUUUGUGGUGCUUGCCUAGCUGUUCUUCAUCGGGUGAGUCCUUAUGGGAGGCGAACUGUCGAUCAUCCCGAUGAUCUACCGUACACGUUUAAGCUAAAUAACAGUGUGUGGUACUUUUACUCGACUUUCAUGCAGCAGGGACCAGAGGCUGCAGCCUUCUUCUCGGGAAAAGUCUUACUGGCCGGUUGGUUCUUCUUCUGUCUCAUUGUAGUUUCAACGUAUACAGCAAACAUGGCAGCUUUUCUCACCGUCAAGAGCUUCCCCAAAAGCAUCGAAUCCGUAGACAAACUAUCCAGGCAAACGCAAGUCAAGUAUGGCGUGACAAAAGAAACGUCCGUUAGUGAUUUUUUUGAGCUAUCACCUAUUGAAACGUAUCAUCGUAUGCACAACUAUAUGAGAACAACAGAUGGUGUCAUGAUGAAUACAACCCAAGAUGGAAUCAAUCGUGUAAAAAACAGCAAACCGGGGGAAUACAUUUUCAUAGGAAGCAAGGCUCUUCUUGAAUAUCCGUCGAGCCAAGAACCGUGCACGUCAAAAGUAGUAGGAGACACAUUCAACCGAGGUAGCUUCGGAAUAGCGAUGCCAAAAGGCAUGCCAUAUCUCAGAGACUUUUCUCUAGCAAUCCUCAAGCUGAAAGACAGGGGGAAACUAGAACAACUAGAAAGAAAGUGGUUGAAAAGUGGGCCCUGUUCGCAACAGAGUGAUGAUGACCAAUCGGACAAUCAAGAAGUUAAAAUACCACAAAUGGCUGGAGUAUUUCUUCUUCUUAUUAUUGCUAUCUUGCUGUCGCUAUUGGUGGCGAUAAUAGAACGAUACGUGUGGCGAUGUAAAACAACAAAGCGACAACGACUGGGAUCCGUCAUCAAAAGAAAGAAUGAACACGUCAGGGAUCCAAAUCCUUCUCCAAACAAUAUAGUAAAUGGAAAUCAAAACGGCACGCUUGCACGCUUCAUGGACUAUUCCACGCGAAUUCGACACAGGAAAUAUAGUAAAGGACCUUCAAUUAGUGGUGGUUCGGUUGGAAUCACAAACAAUCAGUCCAAGGAUGUUCAGGUGUUUGGUUUAGGCAGUCUGGAAACAUCAGAGUCGAGUGAUUUCAUUGAUUUAUGUAACCAGGACAGCGAGGGAAUAUAG